AUGAUCAACAAGUACAAGACAUCCUAUUUCAGAGACGCGUCAUUUACACCAAUCCAAUUAGCCAAUGCGCAGCAAAUAGCAUCGUACGAAGCUACAAAAAUACAAACUGCUUAUAAUAAUGCAAUAGCUCUACAAUUUGUAAAUAAGCUGAGGAUGGUUAUCAAUAGACUGAUUGGACUAAAACACCGUAUCUCACAACUGACUAGCGAUUUGAAGAAGCAAGGCUAUUCCGAAGAAGAAAUUAAAGCAAAGGUUAAAAGUAACAUUGUGGAGCCUGCCACUCAGCUGAAACUUGCUAUAUCAUCAAGAAAUAUCAACACCGUCCCAAAAGAAUUUCUAGAUCAAAAGACUAUGCAACAUGUUAUGGAUAUUUUUUCUGCUUACCCGGAAACAUACAAGUUUAAAAAGGAUUCGAUUUAUUAUGAUGCAGUAGUAAAUCCCGAAAAACACUUGGUUGCUUAUUGUAAGCUAGCAGAAAUAUGCGAGUCCAACGAAUUCAAAUCAUUCCAAAGCUUUCCUUUAAGAAAUACAUUUAUUCCAUCGUAUAUGACUAUUGAUACUAUGAUAUUGAAUAAUCACAUAUUGCAGGAUUCUAAAAGGAGUUAA